ACAUAUGAAAAUUCCCCUACUCCUGAUAUGGCGCUGGAUACGUCUGUAAGUUCUGUAGCAGGUUGGGCCCUUGUUCUCUAGUACUGGUCGCAAGAUAGUCUUAAUCUGAAGCUUAUGUUAUUUAUGAUUGUUACAAAUUGGUACCCUUGGAAAAUAUAUAAGGAUUGUUUGGUCUUUUUUGGUUGUCGAUUCACCAUUCUUUUUUGUUUUGCAGCCCUCUACACUGACAUUAUAUGCCUCCCUAGUACACAAAAUAACUUCUGGCUAGACGUGAAUCGCUAUAGUUCAUCCAUUGUGUUUUCUUUCAUUUUUUGCUCUAAAUAAUGUUCGAAAGUUUAUGAUACUCAUGCCACUAUUCGAAAAUAUCCGAAAAUGUGUUUGUCGCAGACAUGGCUUGUCUCGUCGGUUAACCAGGGUGUUAUUCAAUGUAAAGAUUAAUGAAUCCUUUAAAUCACAAAAUAUCCCGUCACAGAUUCGAGAUUUAUUGGUCUACAUAGCUCGUGAGGGAGUAGCCGUAACGGAUUUGUUCAGAAGACCUGGAAACCAACAAGAUAUGAAAAAGAUUAUCUCUGACCUUGAGGCAGGGAGACCAAUCAGGUGGACAGAUUACAACUUUUAUACCCUUGCAAAUAUUGCCAAACGGUAUUUGCUACAUAUUGAGGGCGGGAUUUUGGGUCCUGAAUCUGAAGAAAAACUGCUUUCUACUCUUGACAUUCCAGAUGAUCAAGCCCGAAUCGAAGCAAUGCACUGUGUGAUUGUUUCCCAACCAAAGCCUGUUCAGCAGUUACUUGCUCUACUAUUCGGCAUCUGGUUUCGAAUGAUCUAUCAUACUGAAGUUAAUGCUAUGUCUGUGGAAGCUGUUGCUAAAUCUGUCGCCGGGUCUGUUUUCCCCAGCUGCACGACUACCCCAAUAAAAGUUGAACGAGCAUCAAAAGUUAUGGAAUAUCUCAUAACUGGCUUUGCCUCUGCUGAUCUCUUCAGUCGUGAGCUUAUCGAAUACUUCACAUUAGAAACGAAAACUAGCAUUUCGAGAGUGGAGAAGUUCAAGUACGAGUUUCGAUUUCCUAAAGACGUGCCAAGAGAAAAAUCUGUUCGUCUUUUCGUUCGAAUGCUAUUAGAAGAAGGUAGAAAACAUGGAUUUCACCUGAUUAAAGAUGCCGUAUCCAGGGAGGUUUUUGAAAGAUCAGCUUGUAAUAACAUAUCCACUCCAAACAAUACAGUGAACUCAGGAUCUAAUGAGGUCACUUCUCGUCCAGAUGAUAAUUUGCUCGUUGGAAAUAUCCCAUCAAAUGUUUCGUAUAUGCAGAAUAUCAGUUCCACACAGAGUGAGAGUUACAUAUCUGGAGAUGGGACUAUUUUAUAUACAGAGGCAAGCUCUACGGUAACACCUACUCUUCUAAGACGGGAAAAUCGACUCUUUGAAAUAGAUACUGGGGGAUUUGAUAUACUAAAUGCUCCUAUUCAGCAAACAUCGGAAAAACGUACAUGUGUUACUACAACACCUAUUGGAAAAACCUCUCAUCAUACCACUCCAGUAGUCAACUUAGAUUCAUUAAACGCACAUGAGUUUUUAAAUCCUAUAACAACAGUUGUAAAUCCGGAUAAUUCAUCUAAGAACAAAUUUCCCUCUGUUGUCCCAUCCAUUUCAUCAGUUGAGAAUAGAGAAUAUAAUGCUAAAUUAAAGCAGGUGGCGUGCUAUUCAACUACGUAGACAAUUAUGUCCUCGACAUCGUAUAUAUUUUGAAAUGUAUUCGGUAAAACGAGUAGAAGCUUACUCUUCAGUCCUUCAAAUGUACAGUAAAUUGAUAUAUGCGGUUGGAGGUGACAGGUGAUGGAUAUUUAUCUAAUUCUAUUUUUGUUAUCGGACAUUGUGUUGUGUAUAGCGUAAUCAAUUUCGUAGUGACAAACGUGUUGUCCACUCUAGGUGUCUUUUUGAUGCAUAAACAUUUGACAGGUCCCAUAAUUUCUUCUGGAAAUACCUAAAUCGGUGAAGUGGGACGCGCUGUUGCUUUUAUGUUUUGUUGAAUUUGAUAAUGGAUUGAAAUUCACCAAAAGAUUCAAGCAUUUGAUUUAUAUGGUUCAUAUCAUUACACAAAAGAAAAGUGUCAUCAAUGUAGAUUUCUUUAACUGUAGUCUUGUUAAUAACAGGUCGUAUGGUUUUGUUCUUUCCAACAAGUAUGUCUUCAGUGAAUGGUCCUAAAUGACUGCUUAUCGCCUCACUAUCUGUUUGAUUGUAAAUUUUAUUAAGUUAGAAAUGUAUGUUCCUGUUUCAUAAUCUUGGUAAUCAGACAUAUUAACUUGUAUGUAACAAAAGCAGCAAAAUACAACGAUUUCUUCGUAUAUUACACAUAUUAUCGUUCCUGCUUUGUUUAAAUUUAUGAAGGAGAACCAAUUGUAUAAACUCAUAUCGAAUAUUUUCUUAUUCAAUUGUAUGGCUAAUUGUGGAAUGUUUAUUGUUUUAGGUGAAUGCUAGUAUACUGUGUAACAUAACUCACCAACAUCACUAUUCCAUCUGAUUGCAUAUAUGCAUGUACUGUGUGUGUAUAUUCACAAUUCUUUUUAUAUAUUUAUUUUUUUAAUUAUUAAACGUAUUUCACACUUACUUAUUUCUCAUCGUAACCAUGUGUUAUCCAACUUUCAUGAUUACUACUUCUGUAACAAGAAAUUGAAACCCAAAUAAACAACUGUUUAGGACUAUACAUAUCCCUAAAUACAAUAUACAAAUGUGAUUUUUCAUUCAGUCAACUGCGUCACAGAGUGAAUUAUAUUCGUUAACUCUCAGUGUAUUGUUAGUUGUAACUAGUUAUUUGAUUCUCAAUGUACUUUUGUUGUAUUAAACAUAUCUUUGAUUUUGUAUUCAGUGACAAUUAGUCAGUAGAUAAAACUCUGUAUUUAGUAAUCGCUAAAUUUGAUAUAUGACUGAAUUAACUUACAUGUAAAUCUGAAUCUUCUCUGGACAUUUCCGACAAAUUUUCUUAGCUACGUUCGCCUUUUGGAAUAGCUAAGAGCUAGAUGAAAGCAGGGUUGCUGUACAUGGUAUCGUAGUUGCAGCUGAAGUUACUGCCGUAUACUUCUCUCCGUAACUGAUAUGGUUUUACUAACAUCACAAUUAAAAUAAAUUAUAUUUUAUAAUAAGUUCAUUAUGGUUAUAUUUGCUUUUAUUUAAAACUUAUAGUCUAUCUUUAUAUAUUUCUCUAGAAUACAACCUAUCGAACACCAUCUUCUCAAUCAGUUUGUUUUAAUUCUGUUAAACGACGUCAGUUAGAACGCUUACAAAAACGUUCUGAUUGGUUUCUUAGUCCCCCAGCCGGCUUACGCUCAUCCACUGGUUUAAUGCACUUAAAUCCUAAUACUCCUGGAGCUGUACACGGUUCCAUACCCCAAAUUCAGAAUAAAUUAAACACAUCUCAAACUAAUAAUAAUAAGACUAACUUUAGGAACUAUCCUAUUGUCUCUACUGAACCACAUUCAUCAUCUGAUCUUGAUUCAUCUUCAUUAAUGGACAUUGAUCUAUCUGAGGAUGCGACAACAACAAACGAUUACAUCCAAAAUCUAAGUCAGUUCAACAUUAAUGGGAACGAUGUUGAUGUGAAUGAUAUUAGACAUUUAGUAUUCACCGCUCCUGAACGUAUAUGGAAUUGUAGUAGUAACAGUAGCAGUAGUGGUGACCCAAAUAAUUUAUUAUCAACUACGACAACUGGCCGUAAACGUCAUUCGCAUACACUUUCUACACCUGAACAUACAAUGCCACUAACUACUGGAAGUUCACCGAAUUGUCCGUUGCCUCCACUGUCGACGUCAAGAACACCAACAAAUUAUUUUAAAGAUUAUCCAGUCAAACGUUCUUCUUUUCAACCAGCAGUAGUUGAAGAAAAAGAAAAUUAUCCAGAGGUCGAAAUACGAUAUUAUAUUGUUGAACGAUAUUACGGUCCGGAACCUCGACCACCUCCAUCAAACAUUCAACAACGUCUUGUUAAUCACAAUCAAGAACUAGCUACAUAAUUUCAUUGUUGUAUUAUGUACAAGUUCAACGAUAUCUAUGGUGUAUAUUUCACUUACUUGAUACGUUCUUUUUAUUCCACACACAUGACCAUAUAUAUUCUCAUUCGUUCAUAAACCAACCACCUGUACGUAAAAAGUAGUAAUUUUCUUGUGCGUUUUAUGAGCCACAAAACUUUCUUACGCCUUUAUUCUUCCUUUUUAUUAUUAUCAUUAUAUACUUCUUGGUUUUCACUUUACCUUUUUGUUAAUUUGAUGCACAUUCAUUCAAUUAUUGCUUUAUUAACACAAUGUGCCUACUACUAUACACUCGAAGGAGAAGUCUACACGUUGUUAAUGAUAAUACUUGUCUAGUUACCUGUUGAGUUACUUUUCUUUGAAAAGAGUCCAAGCAGAACCACCGGGGGAGAGGAAUGAAACAGAUAGCAACAACAAAUGAUGCCCGAUUCUGUGUAGAUAUAUAUUUGCUAUCAUUGUUUGAUUGUUUACUUUUCCAAGAAGAAAUGACAAUUUAGGUUUCUCUUCAACUAACCAAAAAACUUCAUAAAAAUGAACAAUCAAACAACUCACUGGUUUCUCUAUAAUUUAACGUAACCGUACUUUCCUAUGUUUUUUCUUCCUACUAUAUACCACUUGACCACAAAUAGGUUAUUACUGUUACCUAUUUUGUUUUUCCUCUGAGAAGUUACAAAAAUAGACACUGUUAUUCAUUUAUUUUGAGAUCAUUUUUAUUCUUACUGUAUUAUUCGUUUUUAGCGAGUUUUCAUGUCGUUUUAUUACUAUUUUUAGUAAUUAUAUUUUAUUUGUCCAGAUUGCCUUUUUCGUACCUGUUGGUGUUUUAUAAACGAUUUCUUGUUACUGUCUGCAUCUGUUAGAUUUUUCUCCCCUACACUCUAAUGAAUUGCUUUCGUUUAUCUCUCUAAGUUGUUGUUUAAAGUCAAUUAUCAAUUAAACCCAAUACAACUGUUGUAAUGUCAGCUCUAAAACAUACACACAGAGACAACCAUAACCACUUGUUUUCUAGAGUGAUGGCGGCGUUCUUUUUUCUUAUAUCUUCAGUACAUGCUGUAUUAUUGUUUGUGUUGCCUUAAAAUUACUCAGUGAGUUUUUUUAUAAUGAGGAGACAGUUCAUUUUACUUCUUACUUAUAUCGUAUACCUUAAUUUGUCCUAAAUGUGCACAUUUACCAAUUUUACUUGCCUUCACUGAUAUUAGUAAUAGUAAUAGUACUUUGGUUUAUUAUGUCAGCAUCGAUUUAUUGUUUUCAACUGUAAACAGUCUAUUGUUGUGUAAUUCACAAUCUUCAUUGAACAAUCAAUGCUUUACUUGAUAGUGUUUUUAUUUUUUCAUUGUCAGUUCUUUAUAUUAUAAAUAUUUUUAUACUUUCCGAAUAAACCAACUACACAGAUCUAUUUUGUGAUAGGUCAUUUCCUUAUGUCCACUCUUUUUACACCAUCUGUCUAUAUAUACAAACGCAAUUAAUUUAUGUGAAAACUUUUUAUGCAAAUAAUUUUCUUCGUAAACACUUCUCAAUAAUCUGUUUGCUUACCUGAUACACUAUCUAUCCAUUACUGUCUGAUAAAUCUGUUAUUUGUUUUUACGUUAGUUUGCAUCCUGUUUCGUUUUGACGAAAACAGUUAUAAAACACAGUUGUUGUUUGAAAAAAAGAACAUUGUUAUUUGAUGUUUCCUCUGACUUUUUUUUAGUUGUGACCACUUUUGUUAUUAUCACUGUUUUAGUCAGAAUUGAAAUUUGAGAUAUGCAUUUGUGUAAUAGUGAAGCCUAUAAUUACUAUUCUUAGUCAAUUUGUCACUGUUAAAUAAAUUGGGUAGAUGUUGCAUUUACAUUUGGUACUAGUUCAGUCAUAUAGUAUGAGUUUUGAUAUAAUGUUAGGUAGUUUUAGGUAGUCGGCAAGAAACCGAAGAUGUAGGUUUUGUGUUACUGGGCACUUAUCAUCAAGGCGUACCUGUAAUCGUGACAUACUCAUACUUUACAUGGUAUGCGGACCAGCCUCACGUUCACAGUUCCGAAUGUUACCUUCGUGUUAAUCGGGUGAUGAAUGACCUGUAGGACUGAAAUAUCUGCAACUAUUUAAUCACAGUGCUAUGUUUGUACAGUACUUUAACGCCUGUCGAGUUCUAUCUAUCAGGUUAGUCUAGCCACUACCUUAAAUGACGUGAUUUCGCUUGAUCUAUGUUGAGGUGUGAAUAAGUUGUUAUAUCUGUCUUUCGAUCUGAUAUCAUUUCUGUAGCUGUGACUAAAUCAUUACAAAAGCGAGAUCUAUUCAUUACCAAUGUAAAUUGGAUGAUAGUGUUGUAUAGAAAUUCGAUUGACUGGAAUACAAGCUGAUGUUUAUUUGUAAUCAUUUACAGACACCAC